AUGUUACUGCAGAGAUCAUUUCUCGCGAUUGCCCUUGCAUGCACCGCUGCUGCUGCAAGUGAGCGGACUUGCUAUUAUCCCAAUGGACAGGAAGCUUCGGGGACUGUGCCGUGUACAGAUAGUCUGUAUACCUCGUGCUGCGGCGAGAGUGCCAUUUGUCUAAGCAAUGGGUACUGCAUGGAUGUCGAGAGACAGCCCUAUACGAUGUCGCGAGGUGCCUGUACCGAUAGCAGUUGGGGCGCUGAUUGUCCCUCGCAAUGCGCUGGCUCAUCCGACUACCCCAACGCCGGCUGCGCAAUCGUCCUCUACAAAGCCAACGGCACCCAAGCCGACUACUGCUGCAACGCCAUCAUCAACGACGGAACCGACGCCGGCUGCUCAAACGGCCAAACGCCCUUCACAAUCCCCGACGGCAAAGUCAUCAUCGGCCGUGCGCUGCUGUCGAACUCCAGCACAACGAGCAAAGUCAACGCGACUUGCGCGUCGCCUACCGCGGUAUCUCCCUCGAGCAAUAAUAAGAGAGACGUGGCCAUUGGUGCCGGCGUUGGCGUGCCGCUUGGCGUGUUGCUGCUGACGGCAAUGGGUUGGGCAUUGUUUGAGCGGAAGAGGCGGUAUACGAUGAUGAGUUCGGCUGCUGCUGCGGGUGCCGCGGGUGUACCUGGCGUUUCAUAUUCUGCGCAGAUGCAGCAGCCUGUGUACGGACAGAUGGCGGGUUAUCCGGCUCCAGGAGUGGAGGGGCCGCGAAUGCAGGAGUUGGAUGGGGCUAAACAUGUGCAGCCGCAGGAGUUGGAGGGACGGGCGCCUAGCUGA